AUGAAACAAAGAUUCUCUGCACUUGACAUAAGAGCUACUGUAUACAAUUUAAAAGAAAGAAUUGUUGGAUUAAGGUUGCAAAAUAUAUAUGACAUCAAUUCAAAAACAUACCUGCUCAAAUUUUCAAAGCCGGAUCGAAAAGAAUUACUAUUGAUUGAGUCCGGUAUUCGAAUUCACACAACACAAUUUUCUCGUGACAAAUCAAAUGCUCCUUCGAUGUUUUGUCUGAGGAUUCGAAAAUAUUUGAAAUCACGUAGAUUAACAGAUGUGAGACAAUUGGGUGUUGACAGAAUAAUUGAUUUUGAAUUUGGUGCUGUUGGAGAUGGUAUCACAUAUCAUAUAAUUGCAGAAUUUUAUGCUUCAGGAAAUAUCAUUGUUACGGAUAAUGAGUACAGGAUUUUAGCUUUACUUCGUAUUGUCCAACCUAAAGAGAAUGAGAGGAUGGUAGUUGGUCAAAUAUAUAAUGUAAAUGCGACGGCUCGUAUGCAGGACCCUGUUUCAAUAAAACGAUUACAAGAAAUAUUUGAUACUACAGAAUCAAAAGAAACCAAAGAACAAUUAAAAAAAUUUUUGAAUGCAAAAUUAAAUUAUGGUCAAGCAUUAACUGAACAUGCUCUUCGCGUUUCAAAAUUAGAUCCUAAUAUGAAGGUUGGCACUAUUAUUGAUAAAUCAUCAUCAUCACCAUCGGAGGCUUCUCCUUAUUUGACUGCAUUGGAAGCUGGUUUUGCUGAAGCAGACAAAAUUAUUGAAGAUUGUGCAAAUAAAACACAAAAGGGGUAUAUUAUUUUGCUUCAACAUGUGGAAACCUUUAAAAAUCCAAAAGAUAAUGAUGAUGAUGGUGAAAAAACACAACAAGAAGAUUUGGUAACAUACAACGAAUUUCAUCCAUUUUUGUUUGAACAGCAUAAAACAAAAAUAUACAAAGAAUUUGAUUCUUUUGAUUUAGCGGUAGACGAGUAUUACUCUUCAUUAGAGAGUCAAAAACUUAUUUUGAAGCAAAGGAAUCAAGAACACGCAGCAAAAGAAAAAUUGGAUGCAAUUAAAAAAGAACAAUAUUCCCGUGUUGAAAGUCUUCAGAAUGCUCAAAUAAGUAAUAUCAAAAAGGCUAAAUUAAUUGAAUCUAAUAUUGAAUUGGUGGAUCAAGCUAUUUUAAUUAUUAGGAAUGCAAUUGCCAGCUCAUUUGAUUGGAAAGAUUUGGAAAAUUUAGUAGCCGAAGAGAAAAAACGUGAUAACCCUAUUGCUAAUGUGAUUGCUGGCUUCAAAUUGGAGGUUAAUAUGAUUACUUUAUUAUUAAGUGAAAAUACGCAAUUAAAUGAUGAUACAUUUUAUGAUUCUUCGGAUGAUGAUUUUGAAAAGGAAGAUUCAUCUGUAAAUAAAAUACAUGAAAAAGUAGAUGUUGAUAUAUAUUUGUCAGCAUUCGCUAAUGCUAGAAAAUAUUAUGAUGUGAAGAAACAAUCAGCAAUCAAACAAGAAAAAACAUUAGCUGUCGCUGAUAAAGCCUUCAAAAGUGCUGAACAAAAAAUUAGACAAGAUUUAAAAGAAUCAAAAAUAACAAUAUCUAUAAAUAAAAUAAGAAAACCAUUUUGGUUUGAAAAGUUUCUUUGGUUUAUUUCAUCCGAGAAUUAUCUUGUUAUCGCUGGACAUGAUGCUCAACAAAAUGAAAUAUUGGUUAGAAGACACUUAAAAAAAGGCGACGUAUACGUUCAUGCUGACUUACACGGUGCAGCUUCAGUAAUUGUGAAAAAUAAUAAAGAAGGUCAACAGAUUCCGCCUAGUACAUUAUAUCAAGCUGGUGUUAUGUCUGUAUGCCAAAGUAAAGCUUGGGAUGCAAAGAUUGUUAUUAGUGCAUAUUGGGUGGAUGCUGAUCAGGUAUCUAAAACUGCACCUACGGGUGAAUAUUUGACAACUGGUUCAUUUAUGAUUCGUGGCAAAAAGAACUUUUUACCACCUGUACAAUUAAUAUAUGGAUUUGGAUUGUUGUUUCGAUUGGAUGAACAAAGCAUUCCAAGUCACUUAAAUGAACGUCGACCACUGUUUGUUGAAGAUAAUUUUCUUCAAAAUAAAAAAUCUUUAAAUUCCGAAUCAACCAUUAAAAGUAAUUUUAGUAGUAAAAAUCAAGAAACAGAUAUAAACGGUAUAACAUGGGAUAAAUAUAAUUUAGAUGAAUAUGGUGUUGAUCAAGAUGAUAUUAUUGAUUUUAAUUAUAAUAAUAGUCCUCAAAAAAAGCAAGAAAAUGAAGAAAAAACUAAAAAACAUGUAUCAGCCAAAGAAAGAAAACUAUUGAAAAAACAAAAGCAAGGGACCAAUUUAGAAAACUCGGAUAAUUCCAUUGUAGUGGAAAAUUUCAAUAUAGCAAACGAAUCUAAAGGAAAAACUCAAAAAAACCAAACAACACAGAAUAAAUCAUCGGUACAAUUACCACGUGGUAAAAAAGGCAAACUAAAAAAAUUAAAGGAAAAAUAUGCAGAUCAAGAUGAAGAAGAAAGAUUAUUACGUAUGGAGUUACUUGGUUCUAAUAAAGCGCCUCAGAUAAAAGUAUCACAUACACAGGAAAUUGAAAAUAAAGAACAAAUUGCCGAAAAUGGAAAUCUUGUAGGAAAUAAAGAUGACGGGGAGGAUGAUGCAGAUGAAAUAAAAAAUCGAGAAAGCACUGUUGUGUUAGAAAAUGAAAUAAUAGAAAAUUUAGAUAAAUUAACAGGAUCACCUUUACCCGAUGAUAUAUUACUUUUUGCCAUUCCUGUUUGCGCACCAUAUAUUGCAUUACAAAAAUAUAAAUAUAAAGUAAAGUUAAAGCCUGGGUCUAUGAAAACCGGAAAAGCUUGCAAAACAGCUAUAAACUUUUUUCAAAAUGAUUCAAACAUAACACCACAUGAAAAAGAGUUAAUAAAAUGUAUACCAGACACAGAAAUGCUUUCUGUCAUGUUGGGUACUUAUCAAAGAAUCUAUAGUCAAGCUAAGCAUUAUCAGCAAUGGAAAUAA